GACUGAUCUGUAUGUUUUUGCUUUGCAGAGAUCCACAAUGUGGCUGGUUUGGGUGGUGAUAUGUUUAAUCCAACAAGCGGUGACCUCAGAAAAAUCUAUAAAUGGAAGAUAUUUGAAUCCUGAACAUUUGAUGAACAUUAGUGAAAUCAUUCAAUAUUGGGGAUACCCUAGUGAAGAGUAUGAAAUCCUGACAAGUGAUGGCUAUUAUCUCAAAGCAAACAGAAUUCCUAAUGGAAUGCACAAUCCUGAAAAGACAGGGCCUAAACCAGUUGUGUUACUGGUAUGUGGUAGUCUGACUGAAGGAAGAAGUUGGCUCCUCAAUCUUCCCAGCAAUAGCUUGGGAUUUGUUCUAGCAGAUGCUGGCUAUGAUGUUUGGAUAAUAAAUAACAGAGGGACUACCUGGUCUAGAAGACACCAGAACCUAACAAUUGACCAAGAAGAAUUUUGGAAUUUCAGUUUUCAUGAAAUGGCAAUUUAUGAUAUUCCUGCAACUAUGAACUUUAUUCUACAUAAAACAAAGCAGGAUAGUUUAUAUUACAUUGGCCAUUCUCAAGGAGCUUCAAUGGGUCUUAUUACUUUUUCAACCUUCCCACAGCUUGCUCAGAAAACAAAGCUUUUAAUGUGCCUUGCGCCUCCCAGCACAUUGAAGGACCUCAAGGGAAUGACGAAAUAUAUCAUACUACUUCCCUACAAAGUUAAAAGGUAUUUAUGGGGAAGUAAAGACUUUAAUAUUCUAAGCAACAGAGUAAAAAACAUCAAUGCCAAUCUAUGCAGCUACCCAGGAUUAAACAAGAUUUGCAUCCAAAUGAUUUUCUCUGUUGCGGGUUUUAAUAAAAACAAUAUAAAUGUGAGUCGAGCUGAUCUUUUUUUGGGAACUUACCCUGAUUUUACUUCUGUGAAAAAUAUAUUUCAUUGGACCCAGAUUUUUGAAUCGAAUGAAUUUAAACAUUUUGACUAUGGAAACCAGAACAAAGCUGUAUACAACAUGACCAAGCCCCCAUUUUAUAAACUUGAAGAUAUAACUGUGCCAACAGCUGUUUGGAGUGGUGGGAAUGACUUCAUUGUGAGUCCACAGAGUAUCAAUCAUCUGCUCCCGCAACUUACUAACUUAGUUUUCCAUAAGUAUAUUCCUAGCUGGCAGCAUGCUGAUUUUAUAUGGGGCCUUGAUGUCCCAAAAUACUUGCACAAGGAUAUUUUUCAUCUAAUGCAGAACUACAGAUAAAUAUAGAUGGAAGUUUUCUCUGGCAAUAGAGAAUAGCAACAUUUUGAAUUUGAUAUAGAAAAUAAAUAGUUUAUAUUUUCCACAUUAGUUUUGAAAUGUUGCUAUCCUCUUUUGUCAGAAAAUGACUUCCAGACACCUUUUGCUAAAAGUUAAAGAGGGGAAGUAAUAGAAAAACAGAGAAGAAAAAAGAUAGGAAGAAGUAGCUUCUGAUAUUCUUUACAGCAAUUAUAAAUAUGAUUAUAAAUUCACCUCUUACUCUAAGGCACAGCUGAGCUCUCUUUUUUCUAUGAUCUAUCCUGUCUAAUUGUCAAAAUCAUAAAUUAUAAGUUCAUUUUUUUCUGUUUCAAGCAAAAAGUCCAUAAGGGUUUCCACUCAGCAAUUAAUGUUAGAUAUUGUCUUUUCUCUGAUCAAAGUGAAUUUAGCUACCUCAGCAAAUUCCACCAACCAUUCGUCCAUUGUAGGUAGUGCCAAAUUUUUUCAUCUUUGUGCAAACAAUAAUCUUAUUUCAUUUCCUUUCUGCUGUUACAUCAGUCAGCCUUACUUUCCAGAAAAAGCAAAGUUAGUCCAAGCGUGUCUUCACUUACUUACAAUUCCUAUGUAGUUCACAGACAUCAAUCAGUUUGUAUGCAAGCGCUAACUCAGACACCAAACCUAGGUAAAUUCAGGCAGAAGUUAGUGUGGCUCAAGUCAAGGGUUCAAAAAGAAUUCCUAUAGUAUCCGGGGUCCUUGGUGAUCGCUGAACUUGGUUGUUUUCUUGCAGAUGUUUCAUUAACAAACUAGGUAAUAUCACUGAUGAAGUAUGAAGCUUGAUAAUGAAACAUCUGCAAGAAAACAACAAAGUUCAGAGAGCAUCAAAGACCGCACAGUUCAACUCUGAAAUAUAAAUAUUCUCUUCUAUUAAAAUUCUUAUGAUAUAGUAUAGCAAAUAAUAAAGAUACAUUUCACAGUUAAAUCUACAUGUAGAUUUAACAGGCCAUACGCUCCCAUAGAGAGGGGCUCCUCAGGGUGCCGUCGGUCAAACAGUGUCAACUGGCAGCCCCCAGGGGGAGAGCCUUCUCUGUGGGGGCAUCUGCCAUUUGGAACGAGCUCCCCCCAGAUACGGAGGAUCCCGGAUCCCGGGAUCCCGGAUUUACGCACUUUCUGCCGUGCCCUCAAGCCCUUUUUAUUUCAACAGGCUGGCCUGGCCUAAUUUCCUUUUAAUUGUUAAUUUUAAAUUUGUUUUAAAACAAUAGGGGUGUUUUAAUUUGUAUGGGCCAAAUUAUUUAAUGUGUUUUUACAUUGUUUUUUAAAUUUUGUAUUAUGUGUGUUUUAUCCUUUGGCUGUUCACCGCCCUGAGUCCUUCGGGAGUAGGGCGGUAUAUAAAUCCAAAAUAAAGUAAAGUAAAGUAAACAGGCACUUAAAAUAACUGCCUGGCCUGCUGUGAAACGAAACAUAACCCAGAAGCUUAUGGAAGGAGCCACCACUCUUGCCCUCCCUUCCCCCAGCUGUGCUCUGAAUUGAUAACACUGUGCAUCUAUUGGGAGGAAUUGGUUUGAAACGGGAGGCUUAGACUGUAUAAAUUGCUCUGUUAUAUCACACCUUUGUAAUUGCUAGACUGCACCAAAGGUGCUUUUCAAACAGCAACUGGACUUUCUUUGAUGCUUCCUAGGCUUUGCUGGACUGUACAUUAUUUCCUUGCUUUACUUUCUUAUUAAACAAGAAGAAAAAAUAUUUCCUGCUCUCUAAUGAA